AUGUCAGGAACACCAUCUCCAAAUAAGGAGGCGUUUGGGAAAGAAGCUGAGGCGAAAAGGUCAAGACCGACGCUGUGGGAUCCAGCUGCUUUCUCACCUCAGUUGAGCCAGCACACACCACUAUCUUACACAUUAGAAGAUGAUUUGUCUACGAUAUCGAUAUCUCGUCAGCUCGAGAGUUACUUUUCACCAUUGAUGAACGAAAGUUCCGAUUUAUUUACACUUCAAAGCAGCUACAUCCCACUAGUAAUUAAGAAGAUGGAAUUGCUACACGAGAAUGAAAAUGAGACCAAUGAAGGUGAUGAAACGAGUGGGAACGAUGGUUGGAGUGAAGAUUAUGACUUUUGGAUCUCGUACCUUCAAGAUCCCAACGAUAAAAUUGUGAGAAAUCGCCAUGUUAAAGUGCUUGAAAACCACAUCUGUCAUGGGAUUCCAUCUAGUCUUCGUGCUGCAAUCUAUAUAAAGACCUUGCAGGUUCGUUAUAAGUUUAAUAAGGAAUCAUAUGCCAGUCUUUUGAAAAAGGCUAACAAUUCCCUGACAGUGAGAAACCAACAGGCGUAUUUUGAAAACCUAACGUCUGUGGACCUGUCAUUAAAGGAUAUACUAAAGAUAUUCAACUAUUACAAUGCAGAGGUGAAAUCUGUAAACGGUGCAAGAUUGGAACAGAUAAACAAUAGAGAUUCAUCGGGAACAGAUCUAAAUUCAACGUUUGAGAGUACGAGUCAUCUACCACCUUCUAAUUUCGUGGUGAGCGUGGGUAAGUUGAUUAGAGAACAGAUAGGAAACGGAAAAGUGGGUUCAGGUUCUACCUUGGAUAAUGAGGAGAUCCUUUUCCUCCUACUCAAGUUUAACAAGAUGUUCUCAGUUAAUUUGAUUAAAGAUGAGUUUUUCUAUAAGAUAAAUAGAUCAUUGGAACUGGAUUCUUCCACUUCCCAAUCAUUUAUUCACAUUGGCAAACAGGGAAUCAAUUUGGUUUUAGUCUACAAGAAAAUGAUAUUCAACUUCUUUCAAGACCAAAUCACCAAGAAUAGGAUUGAACUAUUGGAUUUUUUGGUAUUUGAAGGGUUUGAUUUCUUCAUAAGAAUGAUAGUUUCCAUAUUUUCGUUGAACAGUGAACAAAUAUUAAGAUUAGAAGGGGACGAUUUGAACCAGUUUUUGAAUGAUGAGGAAAAGUUUUUUGAAGUUAUAAAUGGAAGAACCGAUAUCAGCAUGGGUGAAUAUUUGGAGAGUGUACUUAAAUUUGAACCUAAUUUGAUUAAAUUUGAGAACGAGUACCAUUUACUUCACGCUAAUUCAUUGAACAAUAAUAACAACGAGCUUGUGAACUUGAAAGAAAUCAACGAUGAGCUUCUAACUAAGAUUCGCGAUGUCAAAAUACAGUUAGAAAACUUAAAGCAAACUCAUGAUGAAAUUAUACAGCAAAGCAGCUCAUACAAAGACCAAUUAAAAGUAGCUUCUGAUGAAAGAGACCAGUUGACCAAAUUGAAAGAUCAUUUGAAGCAGAAGUAUGAGAAUUUAAGUAUGAAGGAAAACGUGAGAAAUGCAAGGAAGGCCAACGAAGAUUUCCUGAAGAGAAGUGCAGAGCUUGAGGUUCAAAUAGAGCAGUUGAAAUUGAGCAACGAGGAGAAGAGGGGGAAGAUUGCGAAAAUAAGCGAACAAAAGAAAUAG